ACCAAACCAUGGUGCUCCAUUUGUGUUGGCCAGCUAUCCUGAGCACAAGACCUGCCUUGAGUUGAGAGACUUCAGUUGUUGCACCAGUCCUUUGGACUUAACUCAAGGUCGUAUCAAAAGAGGAGGUGCAUCUCUGUGGGCUGCUAAUUCUGUCUUUUAUGACCGACCAGACAAGAUCACCAUACUUACAAGAUGGCAGUCUUUCUGCUGUUGCUCGCCCUUGGACUGCUUCUUGCAAAGCCUUCAGAAAGCAGAAUGAAGGGGACCACAGAACAAUUUUCACAGGAAGAGAUGCAACCUGCUGCAAAACAGACUCUAGAGGAAUCAGCAAACUCAACCCUGUCAGACAAAAAUACUGGCCUCAGCAUAUCCAAACAUGUGAUGUCUGCCACACCCCUAACACCCAGAAGGCUAUCUUUUAUUAUCCCCAAGGGAAAUACUAUGAGAGAUGGCAGGAACUGUGUAAACAGCCUAAGAGUCUGGAGAACCGAGGUAGACGGGAAUGCAUCCUGUCAGUUGGGCAAUGACUUUAUACAUGGCUCCAUGGAUGUGAGCCUCAGAAUUCCCAAGGCCACCCGAGGGAAGUGUGAACAAACACCCAAGCCAAGCAGCAGUGGGAGCCUAGGACUGGAGCGUACCACGUGCAAGGUCCUUGCAGGCCACCAGUGCCUCAGGUCCCAUGAGCACAGCAUCACCUCAUUAAAGAAAAUCCUGACAGUGCUGGCCAGCAAUUCUCUGAUGAGCUGGUUAGUUAGUGGCUGUAAAUUGUAAGUCACAGGCUUUGGGACUAAAGAAGGACAAGUUCAAGGUCAUUGUUGCUUCUCUCCUUCUGCCUCACACAUCUUUCCUUUAGUACGUGGUGAACACUAUUGGUACUAACCGGAUGAGCGAAACAAAGUAGCAGCACAAAUUAAUUAAAACUUGUAGCUGACCCUAGAACACACACUCAUCUUCCCGCUCUCACUCUUGUUCCCACAACCUGAACUCCUUCCUGGUUUAACUAUCAAGCUACCCCAGAGCUGAGUUUGCCCAAGUGGACAAAGGUAAGGAGAGAAACUCCAGGUCAGAUAGUGUGAAUGAGGGUGAGGUACAUACUCAGUCCUGCUCUUCCAAGGAUAGUGAGCAUGUGUGUGCCCCUGAACACGCCUGCCUGCCACCCAGCUGUGGUGGCUUGUCCUCGGGGAGACGUCUCGGCAUCAACAGAUCCAGCACUGUACAACCUGCAUUCCCCUGUUGCUAUCUCAGGACCACUGCAAAGAGGAAGCAAAGCUCCUGUCACCGCUAGGUAAAGUCUGGCUACUCACGAGCUGUGCCUGCCGAGAGGCAAAUUAUAGGAAAUAGAGGUAGUGAUGUGUCAAGUAUAUGGCAAGUUUCAAGCAGGGUUAUCUUCCAUCUUGAUGCUUUCUCUACCAAUCUUAAGCCCGCAGAGUUAACAGUGCAUGAAGCACAGACCGUUACCAGGUUGUUAUUCAUUGUUGUGCAAAUGUAUGCGCCUGUUUCCCCUCUUAUCCUUCAUCCCAAGGCAACUCUUUUUUUUUUUUUUAACAAUUUUAUUUGAAAUAAACAUGUGCAAAUGAAUGCUAUGUCGCUAAACA